GUGCAGAUGCAGAUGGACCAGCCCCCUGCAUCAAGGGAAUAGUUCCCUUGAUGCGGAAGGCUGGUCAAUUUGUACCGUACGCUGGAACACCUGUGCGAAGACCGAGGCCCGCAAAAAAUCCCUCCGUUCAGCCGGAUGUUUUUGGUGGCACUUCACCGGGCUACCAGAUGACGAGGUCUGGAGCGGUUGCGGAAGUGGAUGUCAUUGGACAGCAGGCUGAGGACAAUGGUCGCAGAUGUCGGCGGUGUUUCGCUCUGCGUCUCAGCUUCCAGGAG